AUGGAUCCGAUCCUCGAUGGCCUAAACCAAGCCCAGCGGACAGCAGUGGCCUCGCCCUCCCCAGUCCUCCAGGUCCUCGCACCCCCCGGCUCCGGCAAGACCAAGACCCUGACCGCGCGCGUUGCGUACCUCUUGUCGCAUCAUGGCUUCCGCCCUCAGGACGUCAUCUGCUGCACGUUUACGAUCAAGGCAAGUCGCGAAAUGCGCGAGCGGCUGUCGCGCUUGAUUGGGGAGCAGGUGCAGUCGAAACUGGUACUGGGCACUUUCCAUUCGAUUUGUCGUCGGUAUCUCGUUGCGUAUGGGCAUUUGAUUGGGUUGAGGAAAGGGUUUGGGAUUGCGGAUAGCAAUGAUAGUUUGGCGAUUAUCAAAAGAAUUGUCAAGCGCUCGCGUCUCAAUAUACUGCCCAACACCGCACGAUCGAGAAUAUCAAGCCAAAAGGCGCAAGGAAUCAGCUGGGAAGAAGUGGCAGAAAAGACAAAAACCCAAAACGUCGAACAACAGGAAUUUGUCAAGGUCUACCGUGACUACGAAUCCGCAUUGGCAGCCUCUAAUCUACUCGACUAUGACGACCUUCUCCUCCGCUGCGCCGAUCUCUUGCGCAGCCAUCCGCAAUGCGUCUCGAAUGUGCAGGCCGUCCUGGUCGAUGAGUUUCAGGAUACAAACCGCAUUCAGUUUGAGCUGAUGAAUUUGCUGGCGUCUUGUCAGCGUUGUAUUACCAUUGUCGGUGACCCGGACCAAAGUAUCUACGGCUUUCGGUCGGCUGAGAUUAAGAAUUUGGAACGGAUGCAGCGUCUGUACAGUAAUACAUCGGUGGUGCUGCUAGAAGACAAUUACCGGUCGUCUGGGUCGAUUCUGGGAUCUGCAGAAGAAGUCAUCCAGCAAGACACGUCACGUCCCGUGAAAAAGCUGCUCCCCACGCACGGGGUCGGGACGAUGCCAGUCUUGCGAAAGCUACCCUCGGCAGCAGCAGAAGCACAGUGGAUGGUGACGGAGAUCAAACGAUGUAUUGCGCUUACAGGUAGCCUUCUCAAACACUCUGAUUUUGCCGUGCUGCUCCGGUCGGCGUCCUUGUCGAGGCAGAUUGAAUCGGAAAUGGGGAAGCAGGGUGUGCCUUAUCGGAUGGUGGGAGGUUCGAGGUUUUUUGAUCGCGUUGAAAUCCGGCUUCUACUAGACUACCUUCGCGUCAUUAGCCAUCCGGAGAAUAAUGACGCACUCAUCCGUAUCAUCAACACCCCAGCAAGAAAAAUGGGCGAAGAGACGAUCAAGACGUUGACUACGGGGGCGGAAAAGGAUAAACUACCAUUGUGGAACUACGUUAAAGAUGUUGCUCAGGGGCGCAGGUCGACCCAGAAAAAUCUAUCUAAAGCCGCAGAUGUCGGUUUAUCCGGUUUUGUUGGACUGAUAGAGUCUGCGAGACGGAAGCUGGAGGAAUGUGCUGAUGCGUCUUCUCCGAAGAUCCUACUGGAGUUUAUCAUCAAGAAACUUGGUUUCCGGGAAUAUCUCGGAGUCACGUAUCCCCUGGAUGAAGAAAACCGGUGGGCCAAUGUGGAAGAGCUCCUGGCUCAAGCCGGCGACCCAAGUGUUGAAGCUUCACAAGACGACGCUCUCGCGGACAUUGAUGGGCUAGAACAACAGCAAGGGCACGCUGGCGAAGAGGCAUUGUCUCGUUUCUUAGCAAACGUGGCUUUAUCGACCGAGGUCAAGACGGAGGAAAACCAAGCGGAAGAAAAAGUCACCAUCUCGACCAUCCACGCAGCCAAGGGACUGGAAUGGCCAGUUGUGUUUGUUGCUGCCGUAUACGAGGGCAUUAUUCCUCACUCACGCGCCGAAGACAGCGACGAGGAACGACGACUGCUGUACGUGGCCAUGACGAGAGCGCAGGCGCUCCUCUACCUCAGCCUUCCACGCCGCGACUCGAAAAAUGGGGAAGAAACCAGGCCCAGCUCAUUUCUACCUCGCACGAUAACCGAGACAAAAUUCCGCCAGGUUGGGCCGAAGCUCCACGAUCAAAUAAUCUUCGACAUUGCCGAGAUUCUUCGUCGGCCGCGUCCGAGCCAGGAAGCCAUGGUGGAGGGUCUCAAGGGGUUGCCUAGUAUUUAUGACGAUAUGUGGAAUCCGGACGGAGAUGACGAUGGCCCGAACAAGGCUACCAGGUGGGAUGGCUCGGAGGCAGGUCAGGAGAGCUGGGCGAAGCGUCGGCGAUUGAACAACGGCGAAGGGGGCACGGUUGGUGGCUUUGUCGGCUCGUCUACGUACACGAUGAGCAACUCGUCGCAUUUCUCCGUGUCGACCAGCACCUUGUCCGUGGGCUUUUCGACUGCGAGGCAACAGAUGGAAAUGACGCCUGAUACAGCCCCCAAAGACACUGUCUCCAAAGAGGACACAGCCCCAAAAGAAAAGCAGAAAAGGGAGACUGCUACAAGCAGCAGGACCGCCAGCACGGCGACUCAGGGGACGCUCUCGAGAUACUUUGGCGUCACGGAACCCACGUCACAGAGCAAGACGUCAUUGCCUAGCAUCCCAAACAAACAGCAGCACUUUCCGCAGAGCAAGCCUCCUCUUCCCCCUUCUGUCCAGGUACCACCCAGCCUCGGAGGUCACCGCAUCCAGCCACAGCAAUUCCGCCGCCCAACGCCGACGAAUUCCAGCACCAAUUACACGUGGCUGUCGGAGGCGAGCACGAGCACGAGAACAGUCGACUCGACGAAAAAAGACGCAGCAACCGCAACCGCAACAGCAACAACAACGGCGGUCAACGAGAUUAAAAGGCCGGUCGACAGCAACUGUGGAGUCCGUCCGGCUGCCACGUUCCACACAACAAGCAUGUCCACGUUACAACAGCAACCGGGGCCACGAAAGACGCUGGGGAUCCGGCGCAGUGUUCACAAUGGUUGGGCGGAGAGGAUGAACAGGGGGUAG